AUGCCGGCUGUUGUCACGAGUCCCGUGAGCCAAACGCCCGAGCACGAGGGGGAGAUAACUUUGUACGUCAUUUUGUGCGAGAUCAUCGCCGCCUUCGGAGGGUUCCUGCUUGGAUACGAAAUCGGAAUUUCAAUCGGAUUGAGUUCCAUGGAUGACUUCUUGAUGAAAUUCUUCAUGACCAUGUACGAUGAAAAGAAGCGUGUCCAGGAGGACAACUACUGCAAAUACCACAACGAGUUCCUCCAGCUGUUCACAUCUUCGUUGUACAUAGCUGCUCUCGGAGCCAGCUUUGCAGCUUCAGAGGUGUGCUCCAAAUUCGGCCGAAGGGUGACGAUGCAGAUCGCGUCCCUCUUCAUCAUCACUGGGGUUGCAUUCCAAGCCGGCAGCAUCAACAUUGCAAUGCUGGUCUUUGGCAGAAUCAUCCUCGGUUGCGGUGUUGGGUUCGUUAGUCUGGCAGUACCUCUGUUUCUAUCUGAAUUAGCUCCUGCCAGAACCAGAGGAGCUCUCAACAUUUGCUUCCAACUCUUCAUCACAAUCGGAGUCCUCAUGUUCAACAUUAUCAACUACUUCACAUUCAACAUCCAUCCUCAUGGGUGGCGGAUCUCUUUCGGCUUGGCCAGCAUCCCAGCCACGAUGCUUCUCGGGGCCUCAUUUGCCAUCUGCGAGACUCCAACCAGCCUCAUUGAGCGCAACCAAUUUGAGCUAGGGAAGGCCACCCUGAGGAGGAUCCGCGGCACCGAUAACGUUGCUGCCGAGUUCAAUUUGAUUGUUGCUGCCAGUAAGGCCGCAAGGCAAGUGAAGCACCCGUUCCGCAAGCUCAUGGCGCUGUCGAGCAGACCCCCUCUUGUCAUAGCCAUUUUGCUGCAGGUGUUCCAGCAUUUCACUGGUAUCGACGCUAUCAUGUUCUAUGCACCGGUCCUGUUCCAGAUGGCUGGGUUCGGGAACAAUGCGGUGCUGCUCUCGACAGUCAUCACCGGGCUUGUGAAAGUUUUCAGCACAUUAGUGUCAAUGUACACGGUGGACAGGGCUGGCCGGAGGGUGUUGCUCCUUGAGGGCUGUGUCCAGAUGUUCAUCAAUCAGACUGUGAUAGGAUUGCUCUUGCUACUACACCUGAAACCAACAGGGUCUCUUCACCCUACCGAGGCGAUGGUCACGUUGGUGCUGGCGAGUGGGUUCAUGAUGGGAUUCGCAUGGUCAUGGGGUCCGCUCGGGUGGCUGAUUCCGAGCGAGACCUUCCCUCUGGAGACAAGGACGGCUGGUUUCGCCUGCGCAGUGAGCUUCAACAUGCUCUUGAUCGUCAUUUUCGCACAAGCCUUCCUGCCGAUGCUGUGCCACAUGAAGGCCGGCACCUUCUUCUUCUUCGCCGCAUGGAUCGUGGCCUUCGGGCUCUUUACAGUCUUCUUCGUGCCUGAGACGAAGGGCGUGCCUGUGGACUUGAUGGUCGAGAGUGUGUGGAAGCAGCAUUGGUUCUGGAAACGAUACAUGAUCAAUGACGACGAGCCAGCAGAUGACAACGUCAACAAAGGAUAAAGGAUGG